CAUUUGCUAUUUUUAAAUGUGGCACUUCUGAGCGUUUGGUGGUUGGUGCAUUUGAAAAUGUGUCCAAUCAGACAGUGUCUAGUAUCUAUAAGGCUAUCGCAAACACAUGCUUAGAAAGACACAGAGAAAUCUCUCAUCACUCUCCUGGCUGCUUCUGCUUCUGCAGGACACACUUAGAGUUUUAUCCUCCCCCCGUCUUGACAGACUUCUUAGCCUAGCCCGGUUUCUCCAAGAUAAUGAAGGGGCAGCUUGUCUACUUCCUGUCCUGGACCCUUCACUUCCUGUCUCGCCCCGCCCUCCUGGAAGCCUGCACCACUGGCACGGCCGCCGAGUGCAAAGAAGCUGACUUCGUGCCAGGGUACAACCUGGCGGGAGAAGGCUUCGACAUCGUGAAGAUGGAACGCAAGCGCGCUUACGUCAUCAAUGUCCACUCCUGGAAGAGGAAAGACGGGACCUGCACCCUUUGCAAGAACCCCUUUCUGGAGAACGUGGCUCAGAAGCUUCCUCUGUCCGUGGUAGACUGGCGGGCCCUUCCCAAGUGCAGCUCGAAGAUCUCCAGCACCAUCCAUCAAUCAAGUGAGUCCCUCGUCAACUCCAGCACGUCUUCCAUAGAGAACAACUGGUCAACGGAACUGGGUAUUACACAACUGAAGGGGUCGGGGAACCUGCUGCUGGCGGGGUCUCAUUCCCGGCUGGCCGAGUACUCUAUGGAGAAGACCAAGAGCGAUAAGUUCAGCUUCACCAGCCACGAGACCUCCUGCAAUUUUUACAGUUACAGGGUAGUGGACGAACCCAGACUCCACAGAGAGUUUGGCUGCACCGUGAAAAAACUCCCAAGGAACUACGACGGCCAGAGCAAGCCCCUGUACUACAAGCUGAUCGACACGUACGGCACGCACUAUGUGAAGAAGGUGCUGCUGGGCGGCAAAGUAAAAAGCACCACCUCCAUCAAAACCUGCAGAACCGCGCUGGACGGGCUGACCGCCAACGACGUGAAGGACUGCCUUGACGUGGAAGCCUCGGCCACGGUGCAUGGCAAGGUCACAGUGGACAUGCAGGCCAAAGUCCACCACUGCCAGGAGCUGAAGAAGAGGAGCAGCAACAAACAGUGCUUCCACGACUCCUUCAACGACCGGCAGACCGAGAUCACCGGGGGCAAAGCCAUGUCCGCCGAUCUCCUUUUCUCCACCACCUCGGACCCCAGCGCUUACCAGGAGUGGAUGGAGAGCUUGAAGACCACCCCGGACAUGAUCUCCUACGCACUGGAGCCCCUGCACAACCUGAUUCGUUUCAAAGGCCCCGUCAAGGAUAACCUGAAGAAGGCCUUGGUCGAGUACAUCAUGGGAAAAGGCCUCCAACGCAGCUGCUCCGGGAAAUGCGCCACGGGGUCCCGGAGCAACCUGGGAGACUCCUGCUCCUGCGUGUGUCACAGCGGCGCGGGCAUCGACAGCAUGUGCUGCCCGACCCAGAGGGGGCUGGCCAAGCUGACGGUGAAGGUGAUCAAGGGCGAGAAACUCUGGGGCGACUACCACACCAAAACUGACGGGUUCGUGAAGGUCUUCUUGGGGGACACGAUGCGGCGGACCAAAAUCGUGCACGAGAACGACAACCCGCGCUGGAAUGAGAUCUUCGAUUUCGGGAGCGUCACGCUCACCCUGGCCACGGAGCUGAAGUUCGAGGUCUGGGACGAAGACAGCGGGUGGGACGACGACCUUCUGGGAAGCUGCUCUCGGAAGCUGGAGAAAGGGUCCCAGGAGGACUUGUGCGCCCUCAAUCACGGGAACCUCUUCUUCUCCUACACCCUGGAGUGCGGACCCAGCUUGGGCGGCCCGACCUGCGGGGAGUACGUGCCCUCGCCCAUGAGCGCCGAGCUGAUGAAGAGGUUCGUGUCCAGGAACGCCAUGCCCGUCCCUCGCAGCUUGGUGGCAGAGAUGAUGAAGGGCUACUCCGGGCUGGACCCUUCGAGCGCCAGCGGCAACCGCAGCAGGGAAGAGUAGCCAACCUGGGAGGAAUCAGAGUCGGGUCAACCCCGUUUGAGAGUCAUGCUUGCAGACUUUGCUUACGGCUAGUUUGUGAGGAUCAAAGUGAUUUUUGCUUUAAAGGAGUGCAAACCUUAUUUUUCACUGUUUAGCAACAGCAUUAGGACAUUAUGCAAACCUCAAAUUUAAAUUCCAUGUCCUUACUUCUUAUUAGAUUUAAGGAUCUUGGCAAUAGCCCCCCCCCUACCCCCUUUCGUUGAUUAGAUUAAAUAUCCCCCCCCCCCCCCCCCGAAGUGAUUUUUUUCCCCACUAAAGCAGUGUUCCUCACUCAUGGCUCUUUAGAUCCAUUCCAGCCCGUGGCUGUUUAAUUACCAGAUUUAGCAGCCCACAGCUUUGUUCCAACCUGCUCCAACUGCUUCAUUGAACCUACACUUUCAAUUAGAUUGAUUGAGGUUGGGACAAAAUUCUGGACUGGAAUACACUGAAAGAGAGAGGAAUGGAUUCCACUUCCCACCUCUUUAGAACACCAUCAAAAUGGAUCAAUGGAAAAGGAUCAAGGGUCUUUAAUAGCCAGUAUCCUUACAUCUUUUUAGAAUCAGAAACAUUUUUGGAAAUAGACCCCUAACAUCCCUGCUCUGUGAACAUUAGCGUUCUGUCAACCCUCGUGACUUCUUCAAAGAUCUCUGAUUGUAAACAUUAAACGGUCUGUACCGCUGUUUAUUUCUAAAUGCUUUUUGGCAAUAAAAAUAAUGCAUUCAUCAAA